CGCCUUGGACGCCCACUUCCUCCUUCCCCGCGGCCGCGCAGGGCGGGGUUUCCGGUUCCGCGCGCCGCUGUUGCCCGGGUUGCCCCCCCCAGGGGUAUGAUGGCGGCGCUGGGGCGGUGCGCGCGGCGCUUGCUGCUGCUGCGGGGCUUCCCGGCGCGCGGCGCUCGCGCGGGCUCGGGCCCGGGGGGCGUGGCCGCGGCUGCCGUUGUGACCCCGCCCCCCGCCGCGGCGGCCCCGCGCCAGCAGCACGAGGAGGAGGAGGAGGGGGACAUGGUGGCGGCGCUGCGCAAGAACCCUGACUACCAUGGCUUCGACGCAGACCCCGUGAUGGACGUGUGGAACAUGCGUCUGGCCUUCUUCUUCGGGAUCUCCCUCUGCAUCGUGGUGGGGGCCACCUUCCUGCACUACCUGCCGGAACACGGCAUGCGGAAGUGGGCGCGCCGGGAGGCCGAGCGGAUGGUGAAGGAACGGGAGCGGCUGGGGCUGCCUGUCCUGGACUCCAAUUACUUCAACCCCAGCAAGCUGGUGCUGCCGGCCGAGGACGAGGAGUGAGGGGGCUGGGUCGGCCCCCCAGGGCUGUGUGAAUAAACUGCUGAGCCACCUC